AUUUACUUGAGAAAUCAGCAAAUAAAGAAAUAGAAAGUAAAAACGGCAUAUAAAUGAAAAUACAAGUCAAGAAAAAAGGGCAAUCGGCGCCAAAACGAACAAAAAAGAACACUGGAACCUCAGCCAACCAACUGAAGAAGCUAAUGACUAAUUCAGAAAAGAUUCCAGGUGCAGCUCAAUCUCUAAGCGUAUCAAAUGGCUUGAAGAGAUUCCCCACUCUACCCUUCAAAAGGAUUAAUCCCAAUGGAGUUGGAAAGAAGACGGAAACCAUCUGGCAUAUGAGAAAUGUGAAACAGACUUUGAAAGUUGAUACUAAAAAGAUAACUCCAGAAGAUACGGAACGCUCGCGAACAAUCAAAGCGAUCAGUAUGCGUCUGCAAGAUAUUGAUGUGCCGGAAAUUACUGGGAUCAUACAGAAUCCAGUCACCUUUGAUGAAAUCUUCGAUGUUCUGGGUCUAGAUGAAGCGGGGGAAGAACGAAAGGAAAAUCAGUUGGAUACCAAUGUCUCAGAAGUUAAAGUAGACUUACCUGAAGUGAAUGUACCAGAGGAAUCUUUAUUUUCCGACUUGAAAAUUGACUUGCCAUAGACUUCGAAAGCGGCAAUACUCGGAUUCCUGGAGUUCAAGAACUAAGAAGAGAACCUAAAGUUCUCCAAAUAAAUAACGAUCAAACAAAGUACUGCUGAUUUUCUCACUUUAAUAAUUUCCUGAGUAACUUUUCAAUCAACCCUCGGAGCGAGCUCUAUAAUUUCGCCAACCCCUAGGAGCCUUUGCCAAAUGGAUAGACAAACCGAGAACGACUUGCACUUGUUCUUCUCAUCUUUCGA